GAAUCUAUGCUGGUUACCUCGUCUCAGGUUCGCUAGUAAAAGUUGUUUACGGUGGUUGGUUAUAAUUAGGGAAGAUAAAUAAGAUAAUAAGUUGGUGUAGGUGACCUUUGAACGCUAUUUUGCAGAGUAGCACCUACAGGUAAACCAUCCAAGCAAAACGUCAACACGAGUAUGGGACAUGUCCACUUUUAAUAAUCAUUGUAAUGGAACUUCUCGAGGUACUUUGUCUCAGGUACAUCACCAAAAGAUGCAUGCUUGUAUACUAUAUACUGAAGUAGAUCAAUACUGAUAUAUACAUCAUGGCACACACUAACAAUAAGGAGACUUUUCGGGUGAUGGAAGAACUUGCCAACACAACUAUUGCGUUGAAUAAUGCUGGCAGAUUACUUCAAAUAUCGUAUUGUAGAAUUGAUCAACAGCUGGAGUACAAUAUAUCCAAACUGCGGGAAAAAUUUUCGACUUUCCAUCUUACAGGAAGUGUGUAUGAGGGUAUUCCGACAUUGUUUUGCAAUGACCGGGACAAGAUGAGGAAUCGUAAAAUGUUUCCUACUGUAGAAUGCGAGCCUCCGGAUGGAAGGGAAAGGCUUAAGUAUGGGUAUGUAUUGGCAGAGUCAUGUCCUGAACCAGCGUACCUGAAACUUAAAGCCGUAGAUACAGAGUGGUUAUGUGGUAAAAAAGUCAGACCUGCAAUAGAUAAAGAUGGGUAUCUUAAUGUCGUUAAUUUCUUAAAGGUUAAUAUGCAAAAUGUCGACAUUGAUUACGAAAUUAAUGGCCCUGCGACUACCUUUAAUGCCAAACAUCCUUCAGUAAUCAAAGAUGUGGAUAUAGUUUUAUGCUUAAAAUCCAACUCAUGGCCUCCUGUGUCUAAAAGUUUUUUUACUAGAGAGCGACUGAACAAUUGGUCAACAAACAUUCUAGAAAAGAUCCAAAAUGAUGGCUGCUUAGUUGUUCCAGUUGGACGCCAUAACAGUGCAUGUAAAGAUAUUGAAUGGAGAUGGUCAUUUUCCUUAGCAGAGCGAGAACUCCUUCAGGAAAUGAAUGGUUCGUUACCAGAAUGUAUGUUGGUGUUGAAGGCUCUCAAGAGAAAGUAUAUAAAUUAUGAAGAGUCUGACAAACCAAAACCAUUUUGUUCCUACUAUAUCAAAACCGCUUGCUUGUGGGUAUAUGAAACGUUUCCACAUGAAGAUUACGGCAUAAUGGAUUUGGUCAGAAAACUGCUUAACUGGUUGAUCGAUCGCUACGAGCACGGAAACCUGCCACAUUAUUUUAUCCGCAGCCAAAAUUUGAUUGGUCAUUUGUCAAAGAAAGUACGUUAUGAAGUGCAAGAAAAGUUAAAAACAGUUAACAGUCAAAAUCUAUGGAAAAUGGUGAUGUCAUGUGUAACUAGAUUUAAUUACGAGGGUGAAAUAAUAAACUCAAUGUGUGAUAAAUUGGGGAUCGCUAAAGUCAGUGAGGGUGAUGACUAUGAACAGCUGGAAGCCAAUCUCUUGCAUCAUCCCAGAGCUAAGGAAGAGAUUGAAAAUGCAAUUCGCCAUCUAUCACCCUGUGGCUUCAUGUAUGAUAAAUCUCAACGUGUAAACAUUGUAAAAUGGCUUUCAUCCGAGUGUCCCAAAUUAAUUGUGGGACUUCAGAAAUUUGUUGGUACUAGGCAGACUUCAUUUACAGCAGCUCAAACCUCGACAAUUUUAGCUAUUCCUGAGGAAGUCAUAUUGCCAAUAAUAUACAGCAUAGAUGAUUUACUGCCGGAUGGAUAUGGACAAAUGUUCCGACAGUACCUGUAUAGACACUUAGGUGAUGUGUAUGCAUAUUUAUUUAGUUACUUGCUAACCAGAGGUUUCCCAUUUAUAUGUCCAGAUCUACAUCUUUGCUGGCUUAAACCGAACUAUUAUUAUACAUUAGGGGCUGAAAUGGUAUUUCCUGACACGUGGAGCGAUCAUGGUGUUGGUGGACUAGUUCUACGGGCAAAAUUCUUUUAUUUGACGAACGAUUAUAAAAAUUUGAAAGAAGUAUUAAUAGACGUUGAGCGCCGAAUAAAAUCUACCAAGAAAAGCGAAGAAUACAUGAACAGGUAUAUAAAUAUACAAUUAGGAAGUCCUUUGCACUUGCCGGUGAGUUUAUGGGCUGCUGAUAAGAAAGUGCAAUCUCUUGCCGCUUUAUGCAAUACAACGUUUCAUUUGCAUCCAAUCGUCUUUGUCUUUUACAUACAGGCUAGGGUCGCUUUAAAAGAAGGCGACAUGGAGAAGGCCUCUGCAAAUUUGAAAGAUAUGAGAGAAUGUGCAACAAUGAUUUCGUCAAUAGAUCUAAAGAAGAGUACAAUGUCUUUAAUCAAAAUUAUAGAAAAGCAGGUAAACCCCCCGAACACAACAGGUAUCUAUAAAUUUCAACUAACAUUAUAAUCCACAAUUAUUAUAAUGGUUUAGGCUUGCCUAAUAGCUGGCUUAAUGCAAAUAUUUUUGACGUACCGGAUAUAUAGACCUUUCCAGGGUGUAAAUCGAACUUAGCAACUGAACAAUCAGAAAAGAGUCAGCAAUACGCGCGUGCCCAACAAAUACAAUUGUCCCACAAAAGAACGUUUUUCCAGUUCCGUCUGCUGCUGCCGCUUUGUUCUAUGUUGCCUUUUUUUUUCAUAAUAUGUGAUUAUUUCGUUUCUUCAUCUUUUUUUUUUUGCCUUCCUCUCCCCAUUUUCCCUGCUCGAGGUUGCCAUUCUGUGAGUCUCUUUGUCCAUCUAUUUAGAGGUGGCGCCAUGGUUUACCCCACGAGGUAAGAGGGUGGGGGAGCAGGGUAUGGAAGGGGCGGGGGGCGAAGUCUCGGACAAAAGCAACGUGGGCGUGGUCUGCUUUCGCUUAAUUUAAAGCUUUUGAAAAUAUGGCAAUAAUUUAUAUUUUUUUCAAAGGCUUAUUUAAUCGAUUUUAGAGUUUACUAAUACGUAGAGUAUAUAUUUUUUUUGCUUUCCAACGAAUUGUUGUUUUUUUCCAGAUGAGGUGAGGAGGGGGUAGAGGUCGCCGCUGGCGCCACCUCUGCAUCUAUUAUCUUAGAUUCUUGAUAUGUGUCCAGCCCAUCUCCACUUCAUUUCCUAGAUCUUCUAUAUGAUAUAUUUUACCAUUGUUUGAUAUCUAAUGUUUUUUUUUUGGUUUGUUUGAAUUCCAAUUGUUUGUUUUUUCCCACAUCACAUCCAACAAUCUACAUCAAUCGAACAGUUCAAAUUUUCCCUGAAGAGUUAUUUAUUUAAUAUUCAAAUGCUCAAACAACUUUUACCUUUUAUUUGUUUUGUAAAGCACUGUGAUAUCCUUGAUAGAAGUGCUCUAA